UAAUAUGGGACUUUCCAGAAGAAGACCACAGCUGUUCCCGUGCAUCCGCCUUGGCCCUGAAAUGUUCUGGAGUUGGGUUGUCAAGGGAGUUUGCCUGCAUCUCUGGAGGAAGAAAAUGGCCAUGUGGUCUCUCUGGCAUCUGCUUCUCUGGGAAGCACUUAUUCAAGUUAUUUGUGCUCAAGUGCUGAGCAAGGUGGGGGGUUCUGUGCUGCUGGUGGUAGAGCACCCGCCCAAUUUUCAAGUUCGUGAAGCCAUCUGGCGAUCUCUGUGGCCUUCGGAGGAGCUCCUGGCCACGUUCUUCAGGGGCUCCCUGGAGACUCUGUACCACUCCCGCUUCCUGGGCCGAGCUCAGCUACACAGUAACCUCAGCCUGGAACUUGGGCCCCUGGAGUCUGGAGACAGCGGCAACUUCUCUGUGCUGAUGGUGGACACAGGAGGCCGGGCCUGGACCCAAACCCUGCAACUCAAGGUGUACGAUGCAGUACCAAGGCCCACAGUUCAGGUGUUCGUUGCUGUAACAGGGGAUACUCAGCCCUCUAACAUCUGCCAGGUCUUCCUGUCCUGCUUGGGUCCCAACAUCAGUGACUUAACCUAUAGCUGGCGACGAGAAGGGACAAUGGACCUUGAUGUUGAACCACACAGCCUCUUCACAGAGGGACAGGUGCUAAGUAUUUCGGUAGGACUGAGAGACAAGGAUGUGGCUUAUUCCUGUAUCAUCUCCAACCCUGUCAGCUGGGGUGUGGCCACAGUCACCCCUUGGAAGAGCUGCAACCAUGAGACAGCACCAGGGAAGACCUCCUACAAGGAUGUGCUCCUGGUGGUGGUACCAGUCUCGCUGCUCCUGAUCCUGGUUGGUCUCUUCUCAGUAUGGCACUGUGGCCCCUGCUCAGGGAAAAGGAAGACAGAUGUCUGCACUAAUGAAGUGGCUCCUGAGACAGAGAACCCUGUUGUGUAGGAUGUGCCAUGAAGAACUACACAAGCUGAGACCUGGAUCAUGGAGAGCUUCCCUGCCCCGACGCUUGAUGCUCUGGGACAUGGCUAGUGCCUGGAAACUUCCAGUCCUGCCUCUCAGGAUCAAACUGGACAGCCAGCAUACUGGGAGGACAGACAGCACCUGAACAAACUCGGCCCUUCCUUGGCUGUCCAGUGGACAGGAUGGGCUAAUAGGAUGCUCCUUGAAAAAACACCCUAGGUUCUCCAGGAUCCACAGAUUUGAGUAUUUGAGACAUUUGCUCCUCCACCAUACAUAAAAGUAUUGCCCAACUGGCACCAAGUAAUUGCUUCCGGCCUGAAUCCUAGUCUCUAAACAACAUCAGGUGAUGGAACUUCAGAGAAAGUAAAUCACCCACGACCAGUGAAUCAAAGUAUUGUCAAGAAGCAAGGCCUACAAUAAAUAAAAUUCAGAGGUGGGAGACAGGGCCUUAUCUUUUGGACCUGAAGGUCUUUGAGGUUAUCUGAGUUCAUAGCCUCUCAAAGGUAAAUGGUAGUUACAGAUAACCUAGAAUGACUGACAUCCCACAGUUGGAAUGGAAGCCAUUUUCCUGGUAAUACUUUGUAUAUAGACAUCUUUGCCAUUUCCACUGACCUUGUCACCUCCUGCAUGAUGUGAGGAUGGUAUCUGAGGUUUUUCCUUUACUCUCACGCACAGUGACCUGAAAAAGAUGACUAAAAUAUGCCUCUGCCAACAAAAAAACUCUUGUAUAUCUUCAAGAAAAGCAGCUGAGUUCAUGGCAAGUCUUUUUUUUUUUGUCUGAGACUGGGAGAAGAAGCUACUACAAAAGAGGAAAAUUAUGGAGGGGAAGGGUGCCAAGGUAUUUGAGAAUCUGCCACAUUCAUUUUUAGAUGCAGAAGAGCCAGCCAAGUGUAAGGAAGAGACAAGACCCCAUCACUCAACAGGAUCAUCAAGGUCAUUUUGACACAUGGGACAGAAAAGAUUAUUGUGGCCAUCUUUAGAAAAUGCAUUCUGCCAUUGACUGAUUCUGGUUGAAAACAAGUCUAAGCUAUUAUUGCCACUGGAGGGGGAAAAAAGCUUGAUGAGUGAAAUUUACCCUUAAGAACAAGUGACUAAUUAGGUUCACAGUUAUUCCCACCCAAUGUAACCAGGUUGUAUUCCGGGGCCUCACUCAAGUCUCAAUAAUAAAGACGUUCUUAAUAAAACAGCA